AGGCGGCGGGGCCCCUCUCAAAACCCGCGCUCUGGCCCCCGGCACCACAGCUCCCACCGUGACCCGGGGCCGCCCGGCUGCCCCGCUGCGUGUUUCGCGCACCAGACACUUCCGUGUUGCCAUGGCAACGAGGCGCCCAGCUUCCGCUUCCCCUCCGGCGGCGCCGUUGCCGUUGCAGCGGCGAUGGAGGCCGCGCCGGUGCCCGACGGCCAAUACACGGCAGUGGUGUACGGGCUGAUCGGCGGCGGGCGGUAUGGGGAGGCAGUGUCGCUGCUGAGCCGCGGGCUGCAGAAGAGCUGCCGCUCCCGGGCUGGCCUCUCCCUGCUGGGCUACUGCCACUACCAUCUGCAGGACUUCGCGGCUGCGGCCGAGUGCUACGAGCAGCUGUCGGCGCUGCACCCCGAACUGCCCGCGUACCGGCUCUGCCAGGCUCAGGCCCUCUACAAGGCCGGACUCUACGCCGAGGCCCUGCGGGCCGCCAGCCCGCUGCUGGACCUCCCUGCCUACCAGGGCCGAGCCCUGCGUCUCCAGGCGGCCAUCCACUAUGCCCAGGGUGACUUCCCGGCGGCCAAGAGCCUGGUGGAGGAGGCGCUCGCCGCCGCUGUGGAGGGCGGUCCCGGAACAGCCGAGGACCCCUCGGAGAGGGCUGACGCCGAGAUCAACCUGGGCUGCGUGCUGUAUCAGCAGGGGCGGCACGAAGAGGCCAGCGGCAAGUUUGGCAGCGCCAUACAAGUGCUGGGGUACAGCCCUGAGCUGUGCUACAACAUGGCGCUGUGCUGCUACUCUGCCAAGCAGUACGUCCCUGCCCUUAAGCAUAUUUCUGAUAUCAUAGAGCGCGGCAUCCACCAGCACCCAGAGCUCAGCGUGGGCAUGACCACCGAGGGCAUUGAUGUCCGCAGUGUUGGCAACACUCUGCUCCUGCACCGCACGGCUCUGGUGGAGGCCUUCAACCUGAAGGCGGCCAUUGAGUACCAACUGCGCAACCUGAAAGCGGCCCAGGAGGCACUCACAGAUAUGCCUCCGAGGGCUGAAGAGGAGCUGGAUCCAGUCACGCUGCACAACCAAGCACUAAUGAAUAUGGACAGCCAGCCCACUGAAGGGUUUGAGAAACUGCAGUUUCUUCUGAUGCAGAACCCCUGUCCGCCAGAAACUUUUGGAAAUUUGUUACUCCUCUAUUGCAAACAUCAGUACUACGACCUGGCAGCUGAUGUGCUAGCAGAGAAUGCCCACCUGACCUACAAACUUCUCACACCUUACUUGUACAACUUCUUGGAUGCCAUUAUUACUUGUCAAACUGCCCCUGAGGAGGCUUUCCACAAGCUAGAUGAUUCAGCAGGGACACUGAUUGAGCAGAUGAGAAAACUUGCAAAGCAGUCACAGGAAGCUAGGCAAAAUUGGGAUGAAGAAGCUGUGAAAAAGACAGUCAGUGAGUAUGAUGAAACUCUCGAUAAAUAUGUACCUGUCUUGAUGGCCCAGGCAAAGAUCUACUGGGACAUGAAGAACUACACAAUGGUAGAAAAGAUUUUCCGCAAAUCAGUGGAGUUCUGUAACGAAAACGAGGUGUGGAAGCUCAAUGUGGCUCACGUUCUCUUCAUGCAGAACAAGUAUAAAGAAGCUAUCAGUUUUUACGAGCCAAUUGUUAAAAAGCACUAUGACAACAUUCUCCAUGUCAGUGCCAUUGUGUUAGCUAACCUCUGCGUUUCCUACAUUCUGACAAGCCAGAAUGAAGAUGCAGAGGAACUGAUGAGGAAGAUUGAGAAGGCAGAAGAGCAGCUGUCCUAUGAUAAUCCAGAGAAAAAUAUAUACCAUCUUUGCAUCGUCAAUCUGGUCAUCGGUACCCUCUACUGUGUGAAGGGAAACUAUGAGUUUGGUAUUUCAAGGGUCAUUAAAAGCCUGGAGCCAUAUAACAAAAAACUGAGCACAGAUACAUGGUAUUAUGCCAAACGGUGUUUCCUCUCCUUGCUGGAGAACAUGUCUAAGCACAUGAUCAUGCUUCGUGACAGUGUUACUCAAGAGUGUGUUCAGUUUCUGAAGCAGUGUGAGCAAUAUGGAAGAAACAUUCCAGCUGUCAUUGAGCAACCCCUUGAAGAGAAGAGGAUGCAGAAUGGGAAAAAUACUGUCACCUAUGAAGCCAGGCUUUUGAGGGCACUGAUGUAUAAGAUCACUGGGUGGACUGCAUAAGUGGGGCUCCUGUACAGUAGAAACUUGAACUUGUAUCUGUUUUCUUUUGCUUGUGAAGUAAUGCUCACCCUGGUAGUCCACAGUGAUACGGGGUUUUCUUGAUUGCUUAUCUAUAAAGAUUUUUUCUUGUAUUUUAGCAACAUGCAGUGGAAAACAAUAUUCACAUUAAAUUAACAUGCGCCAAAUAACUAGCAUGCUUAGUAAUCUGUCAUGCUAAAUAUGCCGCAAGAGAUGCUGACCAAGAUCUUUAUUACAGGAAUAUCAUUGACUUUUCACCUAUAAAAUAUUUUAUAUUUGGAAAAUAUUUUAGCCUGCUAAGUUUCUUUUCAUUGGUUGACAGGUGAGGAGAAUUUGUUACCCAUCUCCUAGCACAGAAAUUGAAGAAAUAAUUGUUUUAACUUUCCUGUUUAUGUCUGUGUGCAAAAUGUUUGUUUCUUCUGCUUUAUCCAAUGUAUUUUUAAUACAUUACAGACCAUGGUUAUAGUAUAUUUUUUAAAGAAUGGCUUUAUAAUAAAAAAUGGAUCC